AAAGUGUAUGCAUUUUUUGUUGAUUUAUCUUCUGCCUUUGAUAGAGUUUGUAGGAAUUUGCUGUGGUUAAAGAUGUUGCGUUAUGGUUUUAGUUAUAAAUUUGUGUCUUUACUCGUUGCUUUGUAUGAAAACUCCUCGCUUAUGGUAAGAGUUGGAGGUAACUGUUUGCCGUUAAUGUUCUCUAAGACUGGUGUUAGCAGGGCUGUAUUUUGAGCUCAAUUUUGUUUAGUAUUUUUUUGAACAAUCUCUUUGGCAUUAUUAAUUCUUCUGAGGAUGGUAUAGAAAUAAGUGGUUUUCAGAUUAAAAUAUUGGCUUAUGCAGAUGAUAUUGUAAUUUUAUCUGAUUCUGUGGUUGGACUUCAAAGAUUGAUUGAUAAAUUGGCAGUUUAUUUAGAUGAAAAUGGUUUGAAAUUGAAUCUGAAUAAGUCUAAGAUUGUUGUUUUUUCGAAGAGGAGGUAAGAGUGCGAGGGCUGAUAAAUGGUGGUUUAAGGGUUCUCCAAUUCAAGUUGUCUCUAAUUAUAAAUAUUUGGGUGUUACAUUUUCGUCUAAUGGUUUAUUCCGUAUGCAUUACAUUAAUAAGAGAACUCAUACUAGAUUAUUGAUGAAUAAAAUUAUUCAGUUAGGGAGGUCUGCUAAAUUACAUAAUCUGACUGAUUAUUUACGUUUAUUGAAAACUGUGGUGUUGCCCUCUUUGUUAUAUGCUUCAGAGAUUUGGGGUUUUAACUUGUCCAAUGGCGAUGGUAUACAGACUGAAUUCAUUAAAAACUUAUUUUAUUUAUCACGUUGUACACCAGGGUAUUUAAUUAUGAUGGAAUGUGCCUUGACUCCUAUAAAAUUUAUAAUAUUUAGUAGGAUAAGAAAUUGGAUUACUAGAAUUUUUAAUCUUGAUGACUAUCGUCUGAGUAAGGUUUGCUUGAAAUUUAUACUUGGUAAAAAGUCUAUUGACUGGACACGUUAUUUUAUUGAUACUUGUAAUAAUCAUGGUAUUAAUCUUAUUAAUGAUGAUUUGAAUUUAAUGGACUGGUCUCUUCUCCUUGUUAACAUUUUUGAUAAUUUUUUAUAUAAUAUUAAUGAAAAAAUAAAUAAUAGCGUAUAUAAUUGUUGGUAUAAGGAUUUAAAUGUUACUUUUUUUGAUAAUUCUUUAUAUAAUCAAGACGUUUCCCUUAAUAUUUUGUCUUUAUUUAUACAGGCUAGGUGUAAUUCACUAAAUUUUUUAAAUAAUUAUUCGAGAGAAUCAUGUGACUUUUGUGUUGAGAAAGAAAUUGUGGAUGCUUGGCAUAUUUUGGCUAAAUGUAAGCGUCUUAAAGUGUUACGAGCAGAAAUUUUCGGUUGUGAAGUUCUUACCAGGGGGCGUGAUUUCUCUGCUAUAAAUUUAGCCUUGUUGCUGGUGUUGUUUGGGAGCAUCUGUCACUGCUGUAUCUUCGUUAUUAACUUAUUUCUUUCUUAUAGGUAAGCAAUUUGCUUAUUUUUGGUUUUUAUUUUAUUUAUUAGUUUUUUGUAUUUUAUUGACAGAUGCUCCCAAACUUUAACUAAUUAUUAU